AUGAAGAAGGGAAACUUAGGACUUAACCUCAAGCUCACUCUCCCUCCUCCUGAUGAAGUUUCCAUCUCUAAGUUCCUGACAAAAAGCGGCACGUUUAUGGAUGGCGAUCUCCUGGUUAAUAGGGAAGGGGUUCGGAUCGUUUCUCAUAGAGAAGUUGAAGUUCCACCGCCUAUUCAGCCAUCAGACAAUCAGAUUAUUUUAGCAGAUCUGUACGUGAUUAAAGUCAUUGGAAAAGGAAAUGGUGGGGUUGUUCAAUUGGUUCAACACAAAUGGACUGGCCAGUUUUUUGCACUAAAGGUAAUUCAAAUGAAUAUUGAGGAGUCAAUUCGCAAGCAGAUUGCACAGGAAUUGAAAAUUAAUCAAUCAUCACAAUGUCCCUACAUUGUUGUAUGUUACCAGUCUUUCUAUGAUAAUGGUACCAUUUCAAUAAUCCUAGAGUACAUGGAUGGUGGCUCUUUGGCAGAUCUUCUGAAAAAGGUCAAAACAAUUCCAGAGCCGUAUCUUGCUUCCAUUUGUAAGCAGGUGCUGCAGGGUUUGUUGUAUCUUCAUCAUGAAAAACACAUCAUUCACAGGGACUUCAAACCUUCUAAUUUGUUAAUCAAUCAUCAAGGAGAAAUUAAAAUAACUGACUUUGGUGUGAGUGCAAUAAAGGCAAGCACUUCCGAACAGGCAAAUACUUUUGUUGGCACAUUCAACUAUAUGUCGCCAGAGAGAAUUGUUGGUGGCAAUUAUAGUUACAAAAGUGACAUCUGGAGCUUGGGUUUAGUACUGCUGGAGUGUGCAACAGGUCAAUUCCCAUAUUUACCACCUGAUCAAGCUCGAUUAUGGGAUAGCUUUUUUGAGCUUAUGAGUGCCAUUGUUGAACAACCACCACCUUGUGCACCUGCUGAUCAAUUUUCUCAGGAGUUCUGCUCAUUUAUUUCUGCAUGUGUACAGAAAGAUCCUAAGGAUAGAUCUUCAGCUCAGGAUCUCCUAACACAUCCUUUCAUCAACAUGUACGACGACUUGAAUAUUGACCUUGCCUCUUACUUCAGUGAAGCAGGAUCUCCCCUUGCAACGUUUUAA